UAAAGGGAGUGGGAGUGGGAGCAAAUGAGGCGAAUAGACAAUGAAGGUCGGCGGCGUGGUGUUAUACGGCGGAGUUCCACGUGGCAGCGUCGUGCCUCUGCUUCUCAGCCGCCGCAGAGUUUCUCUUCGCGCCUCUUCUUCUUCUUACUCCUCCAUUUCUGACCACGUUUCUUUCGUGAAGGAUGUAGCUGCGACUCAGCCUCCUCAGCAUCUUUCACAACUCCUCAGCAUUUUGAAAACCAGAGGUGAAUCUAUUAUCUCUCCGGGUGCCAGGCAAGGAUUAAUUCCUCUUGCUAUACCACUGUCGAAAAGUAGCUCUGGUAAUGUAACUGCACUGCUGCGGUGGCCGACGGCUCCACCUGAGAUGGAAAUGCCAGUGGUGGAAGUCAGAAACUAUGGAGUAUGGCUUUUAGCUAAGAGUGUAGACCAAUUUAUACACCGAAUGUUAGUUGAGGAAGAUGCAAAGAAUGGUCAAGAGAGAAAUGAAGAAGUAUUUUAUGCUUCAGGUGAUGCUGGGGAGAAACUUUACAGAAAGGGUGAUUUUGCAGAGUCUGGAAUCUCUAACCUAGAUGUCUAUCUUUUGAAAAAGGUUGGUCUAUUUCCAGAUAUCAUAGAGCGCAAAGUGGCACGGCAUUUUGAGGAAGGAGAUCUUGUUUCGGCAUUAGUAACUGGGGAAUUUUAUACCAAGAAGGAGCAUUUUCCAGGAUUUGCUCGACCUUUUGUGUUCAAUUCUGAGGUUUUGUUGAGAGUUGGACGUAAAGUAGAAGCUAAAGAUGCUGCCAGAGGAGCUUUGAAAUCACCAUGGUGGACCCUUGGCUGCAAGUAUCAGGACGUGGCUAAUAUAGCACAAUGGGAAGAUGAGCAAAUUGAGUACAUUAAAGAGAAAGUGACUGAAGAGGGAAGGCAAGAAGAUCUUAAAAAGGGGAAGGCCCCUGCACAGGUUGUACUAGAUGAAGCUGCUUUCUUGUUGGAUUUGGCUUCUAUAGAGGGAGAAUGGGAUGAGUAUUUGGAGCGGAUUGCCAAAUGUUACGAGGAAGCAGGACUUCAAGAUGUCGCUAAAUUCAUACUUUAUAGAGAUUAAUAUUAGCAGAUUUCUUUCCACCAACAGGCUUCUGUACAUUUCCAUUUCGGCAUUUCCAGUACUUCAUAGUUCAUAUGAAGUUUUGAAAAUAAUUAGAGGAAAAUUAUACGAUUUAUUCCGCAGGCUUGGAUAUUUUUCCUUCAGUUCUCAUUUGUUGCAAUCAAUUUAACCUGAACUCCUCAUAUGCCUAUUAUGUGUCAUGCUCUACAUAUAAGAAUAAUGAUAUUUUUACAGUCUUUUUUAA